CUUUCCGCUGCCGCGCGCGGCAGCAGCCCGGAGGAGGCGGCGCCGCGCCGCACGUAAGACGUGUGCUUCUGAACUUGUCAUCCAGAUUUGGAAGGCCACUGACAUUUGACUUCUGCAAAUUACUUGCUGCUCAGUUUGUUAAUGUCAUGCAUAUGAGACAUUUAAAAUGGAUUUUUUUGUUCCUCCUUUUAUUUUCUGUCAUAGCAAUAUGGUACAUAACUCUUUCCACAAACACUGUGAUUGAGAAUACAAACUCAAUGUAUUUUUAUGAGUAUGAACCAGUUUACAAACAACACUACCUCUUCACUUUGCGUGAACGCUUGAAAUGCGAAGACAUAAAUCCAUUUCUAGUCAUCUUGGUGUCUUCAGAACCAAAGGAUGUGAAGUCAAGGCAGGCCAUAAGAGUAACGUGGGGAUCUAAAAACUUCUGGUGGGGACAACGAGUUCUAACCCUUUUCUUACUAGGACAGGAAGUUCACAGAGAAGACAAUGCUGCAGUGCUGUCAGUAGAAGAUGAAAACAUUCUCUAUGGUGACAUAAUUCGCCAAGAUUUUCUGGACACAUAUAACAAUCUUACCUUGAAAACAAUCAUGGCAUUUAGAUGGGUAACUGAAUUUUGUUCAAAUACUAGAUUCUUCAUGAAGACUGAUGAUGAUGUUUUCAUCAACACUGGUAAUUUAGUAAAAUUUCUCCUAAAGCUAAAUUCCUCAGAAAAUAUUUUUACUGGUUAUCCUCUUAUAGAUAAUUUUGCCUACAGAGGCUUUUACAAAAAAACAUAUAUUUCUUAUGAGGAGUAUCCAUUCAGGUUAUUUCCUCCCUAUUGUAGUGGCAUGGGUUAUAUAUUGAAUGGGAAACUUGCUGUGAAGAUCUAUGAAAUGAUGAGUCAUAUCAAACCUAUUAAAUUUGAAGAUGUUUAUGUUGGAAUUUGCCUAAGUAUGCUUAAAGUGAACAUCAGUAUUCCAGAAGACAAGCAACAAUUCUUUCUAUAUAAAAUUGACUUUGAUAUUUGUAAGUACAGACAUUUAAUUGCGGUACAUGGUAUAACAUCAAGUGAAAUAAUCAGGUUUUGGCAAGUUUUGUCAUCAGAAUCUUCUCUUAAUUGCCUUUGAUAUGAAUCAUCUUGAACCUCUGAAUUUCAGGGUAAAAAUUUUUAAGAUAUAGGGAAAAAUGAAACAGAACCACAUGUUUAGAUAUGAUUGACUGAAGGAGGGCUACUUUCACUGAGGCCUUGUAAUCAUCUUAAAUGGAAAAUUCAGGCCUGCACCGAAUACCUUGCACGUAUGUAUCCUGUGCACGUAGGACAAUUUGUAAUGCUCCAGCCUGACUCCCUCUGACACUUCCCUCUGCAGUUUGCUGUAACAAUUAGCUUUUUACCUCAGUCUCCUGGGAUUUAUGAAAUCUCACCCACAAAUGUUUCUUCUGAGAAACCAGCUUUGCUGGUGCUUUCCAGCUCCCUAGUCAGCAGGGCCCUUUGUUGUUUUGCAAACUAUCUUCCUUUGCCACACUCAAAAAAGUGUUCUCUGCUCAGCAUGAAACUUCAGCUACCUUCUUACUGAUGUGUAUCACCUUGGUGACGUUUCUGAGUGUUACGGGGCUUUGGAACAUUGGAUCUUACUGCUAUCUGCCACAUCUGAUGGGGAAUUCUGAAAAAUAUGGUGUACACUGUACACUGUGUGUUUGUAUCUAUAAAAUAGAAGGUUUUGAUGUCUUAAGCAGUGUUAAUAGUCACAGAGUUUGAAGGCCAGCUGCAGAAAGGUGCAUGCAACUUAGUUAAUAUAUUAUUUCUUAACAUAGUAAAAUCAUACGUAUGUGUGUCUGCUAAUGCAUUGUAAGAGGUAUUGUAGGCCAAAUAAAAACAGACAUACUUAAAUUGUGAUUUUUAUAGUUUUUUUCUGAAGUAGUUUUCUUGUUUCAGAUACUACAAUUUAAGGAGGAAAGUCUAGGAAUCUUAAAGAAGACAAAUGCAAUUAUAUCUGUAAAGACGGUCAUUUUAAUAACUUUAUUCAUAUCAGCAAAGCUAAGUUUUCAGUAGUUGACACUUCUAGUGGACAACAAUACAGAAUCUGUAAUUGCGUUAACAUAAUUAUUCUUGACACAUCUACUGCACACUGAAGAUACUAGAGUUACUCCUGUACAUCUGGAAUGACAGAGCACUGCCACCUUAUUUGUACUAAAGCUAAUAUGUUAUGAUAUAUUUACAUUUGGCUGUCUUUCAGAUAGAUAGUCUCUUAGAGACAAAUUAGAAGAGAUGCAGAAACCUCUAGUACUAAGAUUGAGGUUUCACCCUUUUUUGUUACAAUGUGGUUAUGGUCAGUAUUGGAUUUUGCUGCCUUUUCAAUAACCGCGCAUAGUUCUAUAAUGGAAUUAUAGGACACGUUUAACUAUAGGUGAGGUUUAUGGGGAGAACACUGUCAACCAUUUCAGAUUUCAGUUUUUAUGAAUGUAUAUUAGGAGGGUCAAAGCUUUUCAAUAAUAGUUUUUCUUUUGUUGUUGUUACUAAAGUAAGUAGCUAAAGCUACAGUAUUGCAUAAUUGAGAAAGGAAUGUUAUUGUAACCUGAAAACAGAGGUAAAACUGCACCUGUUCUUAUGGUUUUAGGAACUGUCAUUUGAUUAUUUUAGUGUUGUGGUAAGACCUGAGAGCUCUGUGAAAAAUGGUUAACCUCUGAUCAUAUAUACUUUUUUCC